UCUCUUCUGGUAAAUUAUAUGUUUCAUUGCAUGUGAUGUGAGCAUCUCUUCUCUGGGAAACACUGGAUUUGGGAUCUUCUCCUUCUUCUGAUAAUUGGUGGAAAAGAUAAAAUCAAUUUCCUUAAAUAUGUUUUAUAGAAAGUGCAACUUUUGAUUUGAUCACAAUUCUAUCUCUCUGGUGAUUUCGUUCCCGUAUAACUCACCGGAAACGACAGUGACGGCGGCGAAAAGCGGCGGUGUUGGCCGCAAAAACGAUGCAAAACCAGCUAUGGUCUUUACCGCUAACGAUUUAUCAAAAUGGGAAAAUUUUCCAAAGGGACUUAGAGUUCUUCUCCUCGACGGCGGCGAUGUCGACGGAUUAUCCACCGCCGAGACCCGAUCAAAGCUCGAAUCUAUGGACUAUAUUGUCACUACGUUCACUGAUGAAUCCGAAGCUCUCUCAGCGGUUUUACAAAACCCGGAGGGCUUCCACAUUGCAAUCGUGGACGUGAAUACGAGCACCACCGAGAAGGAGAAUUUCAAGUUUCUUGAAGCUGCCAAAAACGUUCUUCCUACUAUAAUGAUUUCGACAGAUCAUUGCAUCACAACUACAAUGAAAUGCAUAGCGCUUGGUGCAGUUGAAUUCCUUCAAAAACCGCUCUCAUCGGAGAAACUAAAGAAUAUUUGGCAGCACGUUGUUCAUAAGGCAUUUAAUGAUGGAGGAACUAGUGUUUCGGAAACACUUAAGCCAGUUAAAGAAUCUGUUGUCUCGAUGCUUCAUCUCGAUACCGAUAUGGUCACAACUGAUGAGAAAGAUCCAGCACCAUCAACUCCACAGUUAAAACAAGAUUCACGGUUACUAGACGGUGAUUGCCACGAGAACAUAAAUUCCUCGACAGAGAAAGAGAACAUGGACGAUCAAGACAUCGGUGAAUCCAAAUCAGUCGACACUACAAAUCAAGAAUUAGUCGUCAAAGAAGAGAAAGGAGACAGUGAAAAAGAAGAAGGAGAAGAAGAAGGUGAAAGCAGAGAGCUUAAAGAACAAGAAGGAGAAACCGGAGAUCUGAAAAGCGAGAAGACAGAUUCAGUUGAUUUUCAUAAGAAAGAAGAUGAUACUAAACCUGUUAAUAAACCAUCCGGGAUCAAGAACUUGUCUGGUAACAAAGCUACUCGAAAGAAGGUGGAUUGGACACAGGAGCUGCACAAGAAGUUUGUGCAAGCGGUAGAGCAACUUGGAGUCGAUCAAGCGAUACCUUCACGGAUUCUUGAACUGAUGAAAGUAGACGGCUUAACUCGACACAAUGUAGCUAGCCACCUUCAGAAAUUUAGGAUGCAUAAGAGGAAUAUUCUUCCAAAGGAGGAUCAUAACCAUAGAUAUUUACAAAACCAUAGACAAAUUCAUCAACGGCAAUAUAAUAACGGUUUUCAGCAACAACACCGUCCCGUUAUGGCUUAUCCCGUUUGGGGUCUUCCCGGUGUUCAUCCACCUGGCGCAAUUCCGCCGUUGUGGCCACCGCCACUUCAGUCCUCCGGUCAAUUACCUCCGUGGCGUUGGAAACCACCUUAUCCUACGGUGAACGGUAAUGCAUGGGGUUGUCCGGUUGGACCACCGGUAACCGGACCAUUCAAUACUCCUCCGAUAACCGGAACAUUCAAUACUCCUCCUGCGACUCAGCUGGAUGAGGAAAUGAUUGAUCAAGUGGUCAAAGAAGCGAUUAGCAAACCGUGGCUGCCGCUACCGCUCGGGCUGAAACCACCAUCCGCCGAUAGCGUUUUGACUGAGCUUUCGCGUCAAGGCAUCUCAGCCGUCCCUUCUUCUUCCUCUUCCUCCCGCCACAUCAACGGCUCUCGUCGUAUCCGCUGACGUGGGACCCAUGCAAAAGCGGCAGAUGUAAUGACGUCACUCGUGGCGUCCUUCUCCGUAUCUGACGGUCCGAAGCGGGAACUGAUUUCUGAUAGUGAGAGAGAGAGAGAGAGAGAGAGAGAGAGAGAGAGAGAGAGAGAGAGAGAGAGAGAGAGAGAGAGAGAGAGAGAGAGAGAGAGAGAGAGAGAGAGAGCGAGUUUAAUUGUUAUUUAUUUUUGUCAUUAAUAAAAUUUGUUGUACGUUGUUAUUAAUUAAUAAUGUAAAGAAGGAAUCGGACGGUGGAGAUGUGGGCCACGACGUUAGUUUCAGGACCACAAAUUGGAAAUAGAUCUCGGACACGGGAUUUUGACAGGUCGGAAUCUGACGUGUGUGUAUCUUUUUUGUGGGUUGUCGAGGUGGGUCCUGCUGAAGAAUUUAAUAGUUGACGCUUUUUUAGGUGAUGAAAUUUAAAAAAAUAAAGUACAAGUCGAAGAUUCCGUGAUGACAUUUUUUGUUUUUUUUUCUAUA